ACAAAUAAUAAAGCCGCGGAGCAAUAGCAAGGGAUCUUCCCUCUUCCCCGCAAGGGAUAGAAAGCAAGAAACGAGGCAAGGAAGAAGAAAAAAAAAACAGGAAAAAAAGAGAUUGACGAAGAGGAAGAAAACUAGAAGAAAGUGGUUUUUCCUUGUAAAAAAAGCAGACUCGGUGCAUGGACAACAAUAUAUAAAAGAAGAAUAGGUAAAGGAGGAGGAGGAGGAGGAGGGCGUGUAGAGAUAGUCUGCGCCACCACCACCACCACUACCAAAGAAGAGGACCGGAAACCAUGUCUGCCAUAGUGUGCGGAAAGAGAUCCUUCUUCGAAGACGUUCACUCGCCACCUCAAUCGGUUUCUUCCAAGAGGCUCCGCUGCUCUCCCUCUGCUUCUCCCCUCCGUUUAUCCAUUGAUACCACCUCUUCUGCCAUCUCUCAUCUCAGGUCCAUCUUCCCCGACAUGGACAAACAGCUUCUUGAGAGAGCACUUGAAGCAUGCGGCAACGAUUUGGAUUCUGCCAUCAAGAGUUUGAAUGAACUUUGCUUAGGGUCUGGAGAGAAAAACUUAGAUUCUGCUGACAGCAAUUCUGAUCUGAGAAUGGGAGCAGAUGUUCAACUGUCAUCACAAGGUGGUGAUGCUGCUCCAGAGGAUGCAUCUGCAAACAACCUUCCGGCUGAUGGCUCUGAAUGGGUGGAACUGCUUGUGAGGGAAAUGAUGAAUGCUUCAGACAUGGAUGAUGCCAGAGAUCGUGCUUCAAGAGUAUUAGAAGUAUUGGAGAAAUCCAUUUUGGAUCGUGUAAGUGCUGAAGAAACAGAAACACACAAGGAAAAUAUGAUUCUGAAGGAGCAAGUAGCAGUACUCAUUCGAGAUAACACUAUUCUCAAACGAGCAGUGGCUAUACAACAUGAGCGUCACAAAGAGAAUGAUGAGAGGAACCAGGAGUUGCAGCAUUUGAAACAGGUCGUGUCACAGUAUCAGGAGCAACUGAGAACACUUGAGGUGAAUAACUAUGCAUUGACAAUGCAUUUGAGACAAGCCCAGCAGAGUAGUUCCAUUCCAGGCCGUUUCCACCCUGAUGUCUUCUAAGGUGUUUGGUCUGUGUGUGUGUGGGUUGCAUACUGAAAACCAUGAAUUGUAAUGGACUAUUAUGCUGUAUCUGUUGCAAUACUUGGGAGUGGAAAUUCAUAUAUUAUAAUAAGUUGAUAAAAUUUCAGAUUGACUUUCCUUUA